AUGACCAGAAUACGUAAAAGUCUGAGUCUCCUUUUGUUCAUUUUACUUGGUAAGUUACUACAGUAGUCGGUUACGGAAUUCUUUAGAUUUCGGUGGUUCGCAAUCAACUCCAGUCAUCGGUGGUCCUUGCAAAUUGGGAUCUGCAGAUGUGAAUAUUGGGGGGAAACAAACUCAAUUUUAUCUUCACUGCGAUGUUGAAGAGUAAGUUUCGGUCGUAGCAAUGCUUAUGAUCACCUUGUUUGUUGGUAUAGGCGUUUGUUUUUAGUCCUUCAAAAGAUGUUGGAAUCUGGGUAGUGAAGACAAAAGGUCGACCGAACGAAGGUCGGACUCUACCGUAUGCCGAGCCUACCGUAGUCUCUCCUUACCAGCAGCAUCCCAAGAAAAGUGAAAAGCUCCCACUCAGUCCCAUCGUUUGUGGUAAGUGUAAAAUCUAAUAAUGAAGUACCAUAAUUAAUUAGAGCAGCUACAAGCACAGGAGAACGGUUACUGUAACAUCCCCGAGACUUGUCUUCAAUCCAAUUCGGAAGACCCCAACAGUUAUUUACAGUGUAAUCCAGUGUAAGUUUCCCCCAACUUUUCUUAUCCUUCCUUUUCUACAGUACUCGAAAAUGGGCCAAAAAAUAUUGCCAACAAGGAUUUUGGUUCAGUUUUGAGCAUCAAUCCUGUGUUGCGCAUGCCUUUGGAUCUACCAAAGGGAUCAGACAACAUUCCCGUAAGGCCUCUCAAGUACCCACGAUGCAUGCCUAUCCAUCAAACGGUGGUGUUGUCUGUACGUAUGCCCAAUGUUCUCCAGCCAAUCCUUGUUCCACUGGUACCUGUAAUAAUGGAUAUUGUUGUUCUUCCGGAGGAUCGGGAGCCCUAAUGGGAGUCCCCAUGACCAGUAAGCAGCAUCCGCCCAAGCAUGUUCUUCCUGUCCCGAAACGAAUUCUCCCAGAUCAUAAUCACCCCCAUUCCCCCCAUUUCCACAGACACAUUCAUAACUCAGGUUCUAACAAACAUUCUACCCAUAACACUAACCACAACAGUAAUCUAUACCAUUCCUUGUUAACCCAUCCCCAGAGUGAUUGGGCCGACUCUCCUUUGCCGGCCGAAUUCUCGGCGCUCAAUUCGAUGUUGGUUAAAGCAACUGGAGAUGGUGGUAAGCCUCGAAAAUAAACUCAGUUUCUGAAGGUUGUAGCUAGUUGUGCGGCGGGUUUCACCAGUACCGUAGCUUGCUCGGGGCGUUCCAAUCUGUGUCCACCCGGCCUGUUCUGCGAUCACCAUAUCACAAUGUGUUGUCCCAUGUUAUUACCCUUAAAGGAAGUGAUAACAUCGACGACAUCGCUUCCGAGUACAACCCCCCUUCGUCAGCAUAUUGUGCAUCACCAUUAUCCUCGGCGAGUGUUGAAUUCGGAGAUCAGAAGGCCACCCACAUCUGCAGCUAACUCUAAUUACCCUGACCAAACUCACAUGUCCUCCUAUCACAGUUUGAAACGACCCAGUCAGUUUCUAGUGUAAUUUUGUAUAGUCUCAAUUACUAAUCGGAUUUCUUUUCAGUGUCCUCGUAUCCUUGUCCAAGAUGCAAUCAGUUCUUCAGUUACGGUAAGGCGGUCGUUUAAUCUAAAAGAGUUUGACCUGCAUUCCAAUUUCCUCUCUUCACACACUCUGUUUACACUCACUAAUCACUUGGUGCACUUUAGCUUGUCCUAAUGGGGCCUCUCCCUAUGGCACUUGCAAUAACGGUGUGUGCGCCACGGGCUAUCAGUGCAUGCAAACAACGAAUCUAUGUUGUCCCACCACUACAUCACUGCGAUCUUGUUUGUUUUUGCGCACUUGAUAUUGCACUCUGAGUCUUCCGCCUCUGAAUGGUUUCUUUUCUUUUCAGAUUCUUCUUGUCCUGCCGGUUCAAAUGGAGGUGGGGCAUGUGUAUCAGGUCAAUGUAGUCCGGGCUACUCUUGCAACUCCAACAAUGUCUGCUGUGCCCAAGUUGUCCCAGCUACAGUAUGUCCAGACGGAACUCAAGCAGCUGGAGCUUGUGUAAAUAAUAUGUGUGGCACUGGAUUCACUUGUAAUCAAGGAUUGUGUUGCACGAAUACUUCCCAGACCCCCAGAUGUCUAGAUGGAAGUCAAGCCAUCGGAGCUUGUAUGCAAGGGAAAUGUGGGUCUGGCUACACUUGUACCACUGGUAAUAUCUGUUGUCCAUCUACACUGAAUGGUGAGUCUUUUGUUUGUUCAACACAUAUCAUAAUCUCCUUCUAGCAUGUCCCAAUGGUCAGCAAUCUAUUGGUACUUGUGUCAAUGGCAAAUGUCCUGAUGGGUACACUUGUAUUAACAACCAAUGUUGUGGACCGCCGGCUGCUGGAAACACUGCCAGCACCGCGACCUGUGCUGAAGCCGAUUCGAGUGGACCUUGUGGAGCUGAUGGAAACUGUCCCGAGCCCGGUUAUCUCUGUGAUACUGCCAAUAAUUGGUGCUGCCCUCAGAUCAUGGGCAGUGCUGUGGGUCCUUGUAUUGCCGGGGCGGGAGGAACUCGGCUCUGUCCUGAAGGAUACGCCUGUUCCGGACCGGGUGUUGGUAAUUGCUUCAGGUUGAAUACAGGCACUUGUGCCCCUGAGGAUCAAUUUGGACCCUGCGGCGUCAACAACCAGUGUCCCCCCAACUACACCUGCUACGGAGGAUUCUGUUGUCGGAACGGCUCAUUCCGACGGAAAAAACGGUCGUCGUUCCUAAUCGAUUACUUUAACCAUUAA